ACACACACACAGACUUAAUAGACUAAGAAUAAAGACCCAUGUUUCCCAUAAUAGAAAGAAAAACACUAGCCUCGUGUGUUUCUGCUUGUGUGCGUGUGUGUGGAAGUUGAAACGUCAGUGAACUGUGUGUCAGUGGGGGCGAAGUCAUGUGUUAGGGGAGGAGAGGAGAUUACGCCAUGUUGAGGAAACAAAACUUAAGGUCCAUAAAAACAAAAAACAUUCAGGCGAAAAAAAUACAACGCAUUUUGGAACAAAUUGACUGACAGACAGGAACCAAAACAAGGAAUGGCCUCUGCUAUCACUUCCUGGUCUGAGGAGAACUUUUCAUGUUCCAUCUGUCUCGACGUUUUUAGCAGCCCAGUUUCCACACCAUGUGGACACAACUUCUGCAGAACCUGUAUUUCAAAGUUCUGGGAUGAACAACUCCGGUACAAAUGUCCUGUUUGCAACGAGCUUUUCCACACUAGACCUGAUCUACGGGUCAAUACCCUCUUAUCAGAGCUGGCUACUCAGAUUAGAACAAAUUUACAAGUAGAAGAGCAGCCCUGUGUUGAACCAGCAGAAGUUCCCUGUGACGUCUGUACUGGGACCCAGCUGAAGGCCGUGAAGUCCUGCCUAGUAUGUCUUAUCUCUUACUGCCAAACCCACCUGGAACCGCAUCAGAGAGUCGCAGGCCUGAAGAAACAUCGACUGGUCGAGCCUAUUGACCAUCUGGAAGACAGGAUUUGUAUGAAACACAAUCAACUUCUGGAGCUCUUCUGCCAGACUGAAAAGGUGUCUGUAUGUCAGAUCUGCACAGAGACAGACCACAAGUCACAUCCUGUUGUACCUCUAAAGGAGGAAUAUGAAGUGAAGACGGCCCAGCUGGGGAAGAUAGAGGCUGAAGUUCCGCAGAUGAUCUGGGAGAGAAAACUAAAGAUUAAGGAGAUCAAAGACACAGUAGACAUGAGCAAGAAAGAUGCAGACAGAGAGAUAGCUGAUGGUGGGCAGGUCUUCAUUGCUCUGAUAGGCUGUGUUGAAAAGUGCCAGGAUGAUUUCAACCAAACGGUUAAAGAGAAACUGAUAUCCACAGAGAAACAAGCUGAAGACCUUAUCAAAGAGCUGGAGCAGGAAAUAGAAGAUCUGACCAAUAGAGGCUCAGAGGUUAAGCAGCUCUCACACACUAAAGACCACCUCCACUUCCUCCAGGCCUUCAGAUCCCUGAAGAAUCCUCCACCCACCAGGGACUGGAAGACGAUGGAGGUCCGUCCUCCAUCAUACGUAGGGACCUUGAGGAGAUCCCUGGAUCAGCUGGAGGAGACACUGAACAUUGAGAUGAAGAAGCUGUGUAAUGAUGCUGAACUGAAGAGGGUCCAGCAGUAUGAAGUAGAUGUGACUCUGGAUCCUGAUACAGCUCAGCCCCGUCUCAUCCUGUCUGAGGAUGGGAAACAAGUACAUGAUGGAGGUGUAGUGAAUAAACUCCCAGACAACCCUAAUAGAUUUACACAGUAUAUACAUGUUCUUACGGGGCAGAGCUUCUCCUCAGGGAGCUUUUACUUUGAGGUCCAGGUUAAAGACAAGACUGCAUGGUGUUUAGGAGUGGCCAGAGAGUCCAUCGACAGAAAAGGUAAGAUCAUAGUGACCCCUGAGACAGGAUACUGGACCCUUUACCAUGACAAGGAUGGGUUUGUAUUUAGAGAUAAACCCGCUGUCCGUCUCCCUCUGAGAGCCGAGCUCCAGAAGGUGGGGGUGUUUGUUGAUUAUGAUGAGGGUCUGGUCUCCUUCUAUGAUGUGGAAGCCAGGGUUCAUAUCUACUCUGCUACUGGCUGCACCUUUAGUGAUUCUCUCUAUCCAAUCCUCUGUCCAGGUUACUGUUAUAAUGGAGAUAAAAACUCUGCACCCCUGAUCAUCACACCUGUCAAUCAAACAGACUAGGACCUUUGUUUGAUGAUUAAAUAAUCAAGCAACCAAAACAACUAAUAUUGUUUCCUGAAUUAGAAGCUCUACUAUGUGAGAUCUGAGAGAAUUUGAUGUUGUGUACUGCUAUCAUGUAACAAGGAUAAAUUAAUUAUUGAAAUAACCCUGACAACUGUAAAAAACAUGAUACAUGAUUAGAUUACAUAUACUAUAUUGAUCAAUGUCUGAUUGACAAAAUGUUUUAAUGUAACAAUAUCAACAAUUUUAAAUGUUUGGGGCAAGUAAAACAUUAUGAAUGAUAACAUAAUCAAAUGUUUGUACUCUUUUUAAUUCAAUAAAAAUGUGUAAAAAGUAAAA